AUGUCAGGUUAUGGAAUGCGAGCAAGUUUGGGAAUGAUGCACAGUGGUUCAGGUCAUACACAAGUAGAAAAUUUUAUGUCAGCUCUGAAAAUUGAAGGCCUCCAUCACACAUCAAUGAAGAAACGGGAACUUGAAGUUGAACCUAAUAUUGAAAAUGUUUGUCGUGCUGAUGCUAUACAUGAAGAAAUAGAACUUCAGAAAGAAAAUGACAGCCCUGGAAAAUGUGGUGUUGCAACUCCAGUGAUGGGUCAAUUUAAGUAUGAUAUGGGAUGGCAAAAGCGUGGAGCCGGUCGUGCAUACGACAGUAAUAAUGGUAUCAGGACAAUGAUAGGAAAUUUAUCUGGAAACGUAUGUGGGUUUGGUGUUCGGUCAAAAGACUGCAGAAAAUGUACUUACCAUAAAAAAGGGCAGUUUCCGCCUUACCACAAGUGUAGCAAAAAUUGGGAUGGGUCUUCAAAAUCUAUGGAACUAGAUGUUGCCGCCCAAGUUGUUAUGGACAUUGAACAAAAUAAAAACGUACAAGUGGGUGUAUUGAUAAUAGAUGAUGACACAACAACCGCUAAGAAAUACAAACACAGUUCUUUGCCCUAUGGUCGAGACUUAGUCGGUGAGGAGCUCCGUACAGAUUUAAGCUCAAUUUUUGAAAGUUUCAUAAAAAAUGUUGAUAAAAUAUCACCAGCAGCAUCAACAAAAGAUGUAGAGUCUUUCAACAAUAUGAUAGCAUCAAAAGCACCAAAACGUUGCCAUUAUUCUUCAACAAGUAGCUUACAGAACAGAGUUAAUUGUGUUGUUGCAGAAAAAAAUUUAGGCUCAACAUAUGUUUCCCAGGUGAACAAAUCAAUUGGUAUAUCUCCAGGAAAAUUCUAUUCAAAACAUGCUGAACGAAAGGAUAAUAAACGAAAAAGGCGUUUAGAAUUUGAAAAUACGCUUACUUUUAAAAAAAGAAAAAUUGAAAAAAAAAUGAACAAAAGUAAACAAAACGCACAAAAAGAGUUAAGAGAAGGUGUAACUUAUCAAUCAUCAAUCGACUUAAUAGGUAACAAUGAAACUGAUAUUAUUGAAAUACCAAAACCAAUUUCAGCUCCAGAGCAAAGAAAAAUAGAAACCAACACUGACUGUUCACAUGUUUAUUGUGAUAUUGAGACAACAAGUCUUUAUAAAUCAUGUGAUAUAACACAAAUAGCCGCUGUGUCAGGGAAAGACAACUUCAACCAGUAUAUUCUUCCAACUCAACCCAUAACUCUUGGAGCAACACAGGUGACUGGAUUGACAGUGGUAAAUAAUAUGCUGUGCUACAAAGGAAAGCCAGUACAUGCAGUGUCUCUAAGAACAGCCUUGGAACAGUUUUUAGUUUGGUUAGAAAAAAGAAAUCCAUGUGUACUGAUAGGUCAUAAUUUUAGAAUUUUUGACUUCCCAAGGCUAGUAAGGUCAUUUGAACUAUAUAAUUUAUUAACCUCUUUUCAAAACUGUGUAAUAGGUUUUGUGGAUACUCUGCCUUUGUGUAAAGAACAAUUUCCAGGUUUAGAUAAAUAUAGUCAAGAAUAUCGUGUGAAGAAUUUAAUGAAUGCUCAAUAUUCUGCUCAUAAUGCCUUUGAAGAUGUGUGUAGUUUAUAGAAACUUCUCAUAUUUACUGAAAUACCCUCUGACCACAAUUUGUUGUCAUAGUAUAACAAUGGAUGCAGCAAUAGACACCUACAUAUUUGAAAAGAAAGCUGAUGUAAACUUGGUAUCUCUAAGUAAUAUUCAACAGGAACAAGUUGUUAGUAAACAAAUGGCAAUGAAAA